GCCAGCUGGAGACGCCGUCGGCACUUGCGACUGGACUCACGAGGACGCCGUUCCAGCAGCUGAAAUUCUCCAGCAGUUAGCGAUGUUCCUGCCGGCACUAGCGUUGGCGGCGUGGCUGGCGGCGUCUCCUGCAGUGGGGCAGGUGCCGGGGGUGGGGCCCUGUCCAAACGUCGAGGUGGAGCACAACUUCAGCGUCGAGAGGUACCUGGGCAAGUGGUACGAGCAGGAGCGCUACUUCGCAGUGUUCGAGCUGGGCGGCAACUGCGUCACUGCCGAAUACACGGACGAGGGCAACGGCGUCGUCGGGGUGAACAACACCAUGACUAACCUCGUGACGGGCCGAACGCAGUCUAUAAAAGGGCAGGCGAAGCUAGCGAACAACACGUCUGACGCUCGACUUGUCGUCAAUUUCUCCAGCGUUGGUUCUUUUGAGGCACCUUACUGGAUCCUUGGCACUGAUUACGAUAAUUAUUCUGUUGUGUGGUCAUGCGGAUCGUUCGGCGAUGUCGUCAAUGCAAGAUUUUCUUGGUUGCUGACACGAGCCAAGAAUCCAGGAAAAGAUAUCAUACGGAAGAUGAGAGCAGUACUGGACAAGAACGGCAUUCCAUUACAGCCGUACAUGCGAACUCUGCAGGUAUGCUCCAAUUAAUGCUGGCGACAUCCUUCUUCACACCCACAUCAUGUGAGACGGAGUUUAUAUUAUGACGAUGGGGUAAUACGUUUAACGGAGGAUCAAGAAUGUUAGAAAAUGUAUGUAUGGUUACGAAUCCACACAAAUAAACGUCUAAGUUCCAGUAUUUUGUAA